AUGUCGAUAUCACCUUUCCACCGCUCAAUCCUCUUCUCAAGACUACCAUCCCUCACCCACUCUCGCCCCACCAUCCACAAUGCAGUCCAAUCCCUCCUCCCUUCCAUCCAAUCCCGCUCAUACGCCAAAAAGAAGAAGAAAGGCGACCAAAAGGAUGUCAAAAUUCAAAUGAUCGAUUACGCCCUCGCCCAUCCAGUCGGCAACCGUCCCUUCAAAUGGUCGUAUAUGCGUAACCUUCGCCAUUGGACAAUCCAACAAGCCUGGCUGCUUUUCAAACACAAACAGAAGGCAGAAAGGGAAUUAGAACUCGAAAGACAAUAUAAUAAGAUCCACGAUGCCUGUGAGGAAUUGAAGAGGUGCGAUGAACGAUUAUUCAGGAUUGCGACAGAUAAGAAAGGUGUGGGUACUUUCCCAAGGGAAAUGAGAAUUCCCACGGAUACACCCCCUAGAGGUGGAUUCAACGAGGAGUGGAAGAGGCCGAAGGAUAAGGUUGUUAAGAAGAGGUAG